AAGACAGGUUACCCACGCUGAUAAAAACUUACAAUUAUAAUACUGUGCAAACUGACAUCAAUGCAAUUAAUGCAUUACUUUGUUUGUUCUGCAUUAGUUUGAUGCAUCCUUAUUUUUGCAAAUUCAACCUUGACAGGAAGUGAAGAAACAACAAUACGAUUAUUUGCAGCGCAGAAAAGUCGUCAAGCAACGUUUUACUUUAACCCUCUGGCUCCCAAAAUUAUGCCACUAUGUCUAUAAUUACCCUUGUAUCUUUGGAUGACGGCGAGACUAUAGAUCUACCUGAAGAAAAAACUAUAAAAAUUGGACGUGGCUCUUUCUUGAAGGUAUCUGAUAAAAGAGUAUCAAGAAAUCAUGGAAUUUUAGAUGUGGAAGAUAAUAAGUUAUAUCUAACACCUACACAUGGUAAUCCCUGUUUUUACAAGAAGGAUGAGGAUGAUGAGUUACCAUCAUCAUUAACUAAAGAUGUUAGAAUAGAACUUAAAGAUGGAGAUAUUUUUGGAUUAUUGCCAGAUAAGUUGUUUUACAAAGUGGAAUACAGCCUUGUCAAUGGAUCAGAAAAAAGUGAAACUAAAGAAAAAAAGAAAGAGGAAUCAGAAGAACCCAAACCAAAGAAAAAAGAGCCACAUAUAAAGAAUGAUGAGAAAAUUGUCAAACCCCCUGGAGGAAAGGAUAUGGCAUUACCAAUAGACAAGAAAAGAACCCUACCCAAAUGGUUGAUUGAGUCAGCCAAAUUAUCUCCCCCUAGUAAAUCUCCUGUCAAAGCAGCUCCAAAACGUGCAGCACCGACUCCAGUUAAAGCUAAGAAGAAACAAGAAUCUGAUGAAGACUUUGAUGAUGAAGACUAUGUUGAGGAAAAGAAGCCAAUAAAGAAAAGAGUUUUACCAUUUCCAACAAAAGUGAAGAAGAAAUAUACAGAGUCUGACGAAGACUUCAAUGAUGAUUUAGAUGAUGAAGAUUAUGUUGAAGAAAAGAAGAAAUCAAAUAAGAGAGCACCUCCUGCAAAGGCCAAGAAGAAAUAUGCAGAAUCUGAUGAAGAAAUGGAUGAUUUUGAUGAUGAAGAAUAUGAAGAAAAGAAGAAAUCAUCAAAGAGAGGUAAAAAGAAAGUUGAUUCUGAUGAAGAUUUUGAUGAUGAGGAUUAUGAAGAAGAAAAGCCACAGAAAAAGAGGGGAAAAGCGCCAAGUCCAAGGAAGAAAGCCAGAGAGCCAUCAAGUGAUGAGGACGACUUUGAAGAGGAAACACCACCUAAGAAGAAAAAGGGGAGACAAGCAAGAAGGAGAGAUGAUUCUGACGAUGAACCAACUGGUAGACGAGGGAGACCUGCUAGAUCUGCAGCAAAGAAAAGGGGGAGUUAUGUGGAUGAUAUAGUAAUACCAGAUUUAAGUUCUGAAGAAGAAUCACCAGACAUUGAAAAGAAUCGUGACAGUGAUUUUGUUGCUAUAGAAGAGGAAGAAUCAGGAAGUGACUGGGAAACUUCAAAUAAGAAAAGCAGGAUGAAAGUAGAGAAACCUUCAAGAAGAACCCCAGGUAGAGGUGCUAAAAAGAAAAAACGAAGAUACGGUUCUGAUUAUUCUGAUGAAGAAGACGAAGAGGAAUAUGUCCCCCGACCUAGUCAGAGGAGGGCAAGUGUCAAAGCAGCCAAAAAAUUCAAAGAUUAUGAUGAAAGUGAAGAUGAAUCUUCAGAAGAUUUUUCACCAAAACAAAGUAAAAGAGACUAUUUAGCUAAGAAAAAACCAAGUCCUCCUCCAAAAGGACGAGGUAGGGCCUCUUCUAAAAAGGAGACUUCAUCAGAAGAGGGAUCAGAAUCUGGAGAAGAGGAAGUGUCUGGAGAAGAAGAAAAACAAGAAAAAGAUACUAAAGGAAAGAAGAAAGAAAAUGACGAAGAAAAACCUAAAAAGCCCAAGAAAAUUAGAAAGCAUAGAAAGCGUUGCAUGUUUGGUAAAAAAUGUUAUAGGAAAAAUGAGGCCCAUUUUAAAGACUAUAGUCAUCCUGGUGAUGAAAGUUAUGAUAAUAUAAACAGUGAUGAUAGUGUGGACGAAGGAUCAUUAAAUAGAAAAGACAAAAGUAAACAAAACAUCUUCGGCAAGGCUAAAGCAGCUAAAACUGGUGAUGAAGAUGAAGAAGAUGAUGGCCAACCUAAUACCUAUGAUUACAAUGAUUCUUUUAUAGAUGACAACACACAGAAGAAUGAAGAAUCAGAGUCUGAAUCAGAUUACGAAGAUUCAGAGGAUAUCAGAGACUUGAAAAAAAAUGCUAGUAAAUUUGUCAAAAAUAAAAAAAUGUAUCAAAAGUAAUCAGAAUAGUUUGUAUCAUUUUAUCAUUGUCAACAUUUUGUUGUUAUUUAGUACAUGUAUUUUAGAAAUUUUAUUUUUGAAUCAUUUUAUAUUUUAAAGCAAAGCUUCCUUUUCUUAUAAGCCAUUCUAUAUAGUAAGUUGAACUUUUAUGUACUGUGCAUUUGCAGUUAUUAAGUCAUUCAUUCUUUUCUUGCUUAUCAGAUGUUAUUACCAUUGGUGCAGGAUAAAAGUUUACUGUUGAAAGUUUGUGCAUGUCAAAAUGUUUGCCAUUAAUUGAAUAUGUUGCAUAUAUUACUAGUAGGCCAUUUUUGCUUGUCAGAUAUUGUGAAACAAAAAUUCACAAUACUGUGGAUUGCCUUAUUAUUUUGGGUACAAAACAUGAACAAUUUUCAUGGAUUGGACAUAAUUUUUGUGAAGACUUUUGAUUUUGUUUUUUUACAAGUUCUAGAUUCUAGCCGACAUAAUUUAACGGACUUAAUUACAAGUUACACCAAUACCAACACACUGCAUAAAAAUAAGUAUGCAUUGUAUACUUAUGAAUCCACAGUAUGUACCUUUUAUUUUAUAGCUUUUUUUGUUGAUUAAACAAAAAUACUGUUAUAAUGGCAGCUUUGGUUUUUAUAAAUCAUAGACAUGUAAAUAAAUGUUUAUGUUUACAGACCUAAUCAUGAAUUUUAUUAAUUUCAUAAAAUUAAUAUACUAAAAUAUAAACUUCCUUGAGAAGGUUGGAAGUGUUAAUUUUAAAACUGUCAAAAAGUAGAUUUGCAUUGACCUUUCAACUGUAAAUGAAAUUGAAGGACAUAAAGUGAAUAAUUAUUAACACAACAGUCUAUGAAUAGCUAAGAUCUAACUUGGACCAUAGCUCCGAAAUUCAACCUUUAACCCCAAUCCUACCCACACCUGCCAUCAAGUAUGAACAUAGAAUUAGAAGUUCCAUAUGACAGCAUCUUUUUGCCAUGUUCAUAGCUACAUGUAUGUUAGUUCACUGCUUUCAAUACAACAGUAGGGCAAAAUGUGUUUUUAGGUUAGAGUGUCUAUUUUUGCAUACCAUAUCAGAUUAAAAUUUAGUUUAUGGUAGGUUACCAUGGUAUUUCAGUCACAUCAAUAUGAAAUUUAUAUAUGCCUAUUAUGAUAAAAACUUUUUUUAAAUCAUACAAAUUAAGGUUUUGAACCACAUUUACCAGUUAACUGAUCAUAGAAAUAUAACAGGUCACAAUUAUUUUUUUAUAAAUACGUUCCAUAAAAAGUUUGUCUGACAUGUGUUUUGUAAUAGCAUUUCCUCGGGACUAGACAUCAUGUUAUUGUAUUAUGUUCAUUAUACCUGUAAAAAAUAGUACAGUUACUAUAUAUAGUAGUUCAACAAUAAUGCACGUAAUACAUGUGAUGACUUGUUAUAAAGAUUUGGAACUAUAUUGAUUGUUUUGACUGGUUUCAAUAUCAGCCAUUUAUGGAAUUACUGAUGUUUGUCAUAAAGAAAGUUUGAAAUUCAAAUAAGACAUUUUAAGGAACCAUGAAAUAUUAUUAUUAGUGCCAUUAAUACCUUACAUGGUUGUUGAUUAUUUUAUCUGUUUUAAAUGCAUUUAUAUGAUCAUUAUCUUCAUGAUGAUCUGAUGUGAGGCUAUUUUAUUUUUAAGUUUUUUCUGUUUUCCAUCAUGUAAAUUUCUUAGACAGCAAAAUUCCAGUAUAUUAUUCAAAAUUUAUUUAAAAACAAUUUUGAAAACCAAAAAAAUAAAAUCUCAAAAAUACUGAACUCCGAGAAAAAUUCAAAAUUGAAUGUCCCUAAUCAUAGUCAAAUGAUAAAACACAUCUAAGGAAUUUAUAGACAGCUGUUAUAUCAGAAUUGAACUUGCAUGCUUUGGUUUGAUUUUUUUUUUUAUUAUUUACCGGUAACUGUAUUUAAUACAUUUAUAAACAACCGUUAUCAGGAAUCUGGAUUAUUGUAGAUAGGAGUGGGCUUUUUUAAUUGGAAGAAAUAUUGAUAAGAUAUUCGUGGUAUUUUAAGCAAGGUUUUCAUUGACAUAGCCAUUACAUUUCUACAUUUCUCACUUAUCAUGUCAUUGUUUCAAUGCUACUAUUUUAGGAGAACUGCAAACAAUGUAAAUUGCUUAUGAUGAGUUUUAACAGCUUAAUGCUUGUACUCAAGUCACAAAACAGUGUUUAGCAUUAUUUUCUAUACAUAAAUGUGUGUGUAUGUCUUGACAUUGUUUAUACCAUUGUGUAGAUGUAGUCAUGGAAAUUUUAUCAUAACACAAUAAAUAUUGUUUUAAUAA